CUGUUUGCAAAUCGCCUCGUCUUAGAUUCGCAUCCGACUCGCAAAGCAACGGAACAACGCAAGAUAUCAACGCAACAACAAGAGCGAGAACAGYCCGUCAGCACAACACGACUCCACGCAACAAUACAAGCAACGACACACAACAAACAAACGAACAACAGGACAGGACAAAACACACCGCAAGCAUGUCCUACGACGCCUCCUCCCUCCGAGGCUACCUCCAGCGCAUCGACGGAACGGCCCCGGCCAUCCAGGGCGCGGCAGCCGCCAUGAUGAAACACUACGAUAAGUCCCCGGGGGUGGCGGUCAACUGCUGGAGGGACAUGCUGGCACAGGCCCGGAGCGACCAGUACCUCCCGCUCCUCUACGUGGCCAACGAGGUCCUGCAGAACUCCAAGCGCAACCGCGGAAACCGCUUYCUGGAGGCCUUUUCUCCAGUGCUGGGRCAGUCCCUGACCUUUGUGUGCGGAAAGUCGCAGCCGUCGACCGUGGAGGGCAUCCGGAGGACGGUCAAGAUCUGGGCCGAGCGCCGGGUCUUCAGCGUCCGGUACGUCAACGAGCUCAUAAAGGGACUGGAGCCCUAUCGAAGCGCCAACCGGAACGUCCCCGCUGCCACCCAUCGGCACCAGCAGCCCGCGUCGUCGAGGAGCAGCAGCAGCGAGUACUACCAGGACCAUUCUUCCGAGGGGGUGGGACGGUUUUCUCCCAAUCCGGAGUCGCCCGUGGCCGUUCCCGUAGACACCAGCAUGCAGAGCAAGGACGAUUUCGAUGCCGAGAUGGGACUCAGCAAUAAUARCAAAAGCGCAAUGGMAGACGACGGGGACGAGGACAUGUUUGGCGGCAGCGACGACGACGAUGAUCUCUUCGGAGGCUCCGCGUCGAACCGCCUCCUCAAGAUCGACGUCGACUUUGACCGCGCCUCCGCMGAGGCGCGCAAGAGCGAGGGGACCAAGAAGAAGCGGCGCCGGGGAUCCAACGAACCGGCGGGCGAUGGCCCCUCUCCCAARCCCAGGUCCAAGCGCCGGGCCAACACGCAGCAGCGGUGCUCUACCAGCUCCCUCAUGGAACUGAUGAACCAGGUCUCGGCRGUCCAGGCCAACUACGAUCGCCUGGCCGCAAAACUCGGUGAACUCUAUGAGGCAUACGAUGGCGGCGRCGAYAMCGGACCCUCCGCCGAGGCACCGGUGGGGGGCGAGUUGUUGGCCGAGUACAAGAAGACCCURGGCGACGARYUGGAACUCGAGAAACACCGSAGAAAGCUCCACUCGAUCGCCCAGACCCGGCGGGGGCUGGAACUCGACGCCCUCCGAUACCUGCCCUGGCUCGAGCAGGCCCUGAAACAAGACGGGGAGGACAUUGAGUUCAGCGAGACGUAUCGGAAGCAGCUCUCGCUCUUCCGGAACGUCCACAAACCCACCCGGGAGGCCCGCGACAAGCGCCUGGAGGAGGAGGCCACCCGCAUCCGAAAGGAGGAAGAAUCGAAGCGAAAGAAGGCAGAAGAGGAGGAACGCAAAAAGUUCAUGGAGUCCGCCAUGUCGAAGCAAACGGAAGCCCAGCCGGGGAUGGUAUGGAACCGUGCCACGGGAGAAUACCAGCAUCUGAACCAAGAAGAGAGCUGGAGAGAUUGAGGAAGRCAGGUGAGCAUGCAUUCGGCCAUGCGCAUGCRWAGUGCGGUGAGGAUACUGUAUCAAAAACGACUAUAAAUCGCAAAAACGAAUUCGAAUGAAACAUAACAGAACAU